GCGCGGCCGGGCUGGGUCGGGGCAGGACCAGGAAGUCAGGAGAAUGGAUAGAGACUUAACCACAGCCCCAGGCUGCACCCGGGACCCAAGUGGAAUCGGGUGGAGGGGAUUCGGGUUGCGAGGGCAGAGGAGCUGGGGGCCGGGUCUGCGGGCUCUGGGGAGGGUGAGAAGCUCCGGAGGUUGCCCAUUCAUCCCACUCUUCCCUUCGGGGCCCCAUUACAGCUCGGACCUCAGGCACAUGCAGAUGACCCGCAGUGUGGACAGCGUCCAGUUCCUGCCCUUUCUCACCACGGAUGUCAAUAACCUGAGCUGGCUGAGUUAUGGGGUCUUGAAGGGAGACGGGACCCUCAUCGUCGUCAACACUGUGGGUGCUGUGCUUCAGACCUUGUAUGUUUUGGUGUAUCUGCACUACUGCCCUCAGAAGCAUACUGUACUCCUACAGACUGCAACCCUGCUGGGGGUCCUUCUCCUGGGUUAUGGCUACUUUUGGCUCCUGGUGCCAGACCCUGCAGCCCGGCUUCAGCAACUGGGCCUCUUCUGCAGUGUCUUUACUAUCAGCAUGUACCUGUCACCACUGGCUGACUUGGCCAAGGUAAUUCAGACAAAGUCAACCAAGCGUCUCUCCUUCUCCCUUACCAUUGCCACCCUCCUUACCUCUGCCUCCUGGUCCCUCUAUGGGUUUCGACUUAAAGAUCCUUAUAUUAUGGUGCCCAACCUUCCAGGAAUCAUCACCAGCUUUAUCCGACUGUGGCUUUUCUGGAAGUACCGCCCAGAGCAAGACAGGAAUUAUCGGCUCCUGCAAACCUGACCACGGCCACCUAAUGCCAACUUGAUACCAAAGAGAGCUCCUUUUAUUCAGCUCAUCCUGAUGACCAGUUUCAUGGGUGCAAGUGGGAAAAAGAAAUGACUUAGAGAUCAAAGGGAUCAAAGAAAGAGCUUUACUUAGAAGAACAGGUAGAACCUAAGGGAUGAAAUCACUUAUUUUUUUAAGAGAUUAUCUUUUUUUUUUCUUCAAAUUUUGGAGAUCAGGCUAUCUUUAGAAUGUGCCUUAAAAUAAACUCUUCCUCAGUCCUUGUCCAU